AAGAAGCACUGGUUCAACAGAUCUUAAUGACAAGGAAGUUGGUCCUGGGACCCUGAAGAGCAGCCAGAGCAGUGGUAUGACCCCAGUCACUCACAGGUCACCAGCCCCAAGCCCAUGCAGCAUGAUCUCAGUCAUCAGUAGAGAACAUGGUUUUGAAAAUUCUUUGGAUUUGGCUGCCAUUGAAGGCACCUCAGAGGACUUCACAAAGAAUCAUUGCACAAACACUUCUGGCACACCUUCCAUAGAAGUGCCCAGGGCCUCCCUCUCCUCAGACCAAACUCAAUCUGAGUUAGAUUUGAAUGGGUCAUUUAAAGAAGACUUAAAGGAUACUGUAAAUUUAAGAAGCAAGUAUGUCCCUGGGGCUUUAGACAAAGAUUUGGACUCCUCAGAAGAAACUGAAGAAAGUAUUGAUGAUGUAGUGUCCUCCAGGUUUUCUGCAAACACCCACAGCCUAGCAAGUGACCUGUCAAGAAAUUCUCAAGCCAGCUCUGACAAGAAAAGGACCUACCUAAAUGUGCCUGAUGUUGACUCAGACACUGCCAGCCUUAAUAGCAUGCUGAGUGUUUACAGUGAAACAGGAGACUAUGGCAACGUGAAGGUCAGUGGUGAAAUCCUUCUCCACAUCAGCUACUGCUACAAAACUGGCGGGCUCCAUAUUUUUGUCAAGAAUUGCAAAAAUCUGGCCAUAGGAGAUGAAAAGAAACAGAGGACAGAUGCUUAUGUCAAGUCAUACCUUCUUCCUGACAAGUCUAGAAAUAAUAAGCGCAAGACUAAAAUCAGAACUGGCAUCAAUCCGGAAUUCAAUGAAACACUAAAAUAUACUAUCAGCCAUACCCAACUGGAAACAAGAACACUGCAGCUCUCAGUCUGGCAUUAUGAUCGAUUUGGACAUAACAGCUUCCUUGGGGAGGUGGAGAUUCCUUUUGACUCAUGGAACUUUGAAAAUUCAAGUGAUGAGUGGUUUGUACUUCAGCCCAAGAUGGAAUUAUCUACUGAUAUUGGCCUUCAAUACAAAGGAGAGCUGACAGUUGUUUUACGAUAUAUUCCCCCAGAUGAAUACCUGAUGUUCCCACCAGGACAACUUCAAGCUCACACAGGAAAGAAGACCUUUAAAAGGGGAAAGAAGAAACCACCUGUACUCUCUGGAGGAACUCUAGAAGUGCUCAUCAAAGAGGCAAAGAAUUUGACAGUGGUGAAGUCAGGAGGCACUUCAGAUAGCUUUGUGAAGGGCUACCUGCUCCCUGAUGAUAGAAAAGUCACCAAGCACAAAACUCUGGUAAUAAAAAGGAGUGUUAACCCUCAGUGGAAUCAUACUUUCAUGUUCUGUGGCCUGCAUCCCCAUGAUAUAAAGAAUGUUUGCCUAGAACUUACCAUCUGGGACAAGGAGGCCUUUUCUAGCAACAUCUUUCUGGGAGGAGUUCGUUUGAAUUCUGGAAGUGGUGUGAGCCAUGGGAAGACUGUGGAUUGGAUGGACUCACAGGGGGAAGAACAACACCUUUGGCAGAAGAUGGCCGACAAUCCUGGGACUCCUGUAGAGGGUAUACUCAUGCUUCGUUCCAGCAUGGGGAAGCGUCAGCUCUGAAGAUGUUUCCAUUAAACUGAGCAUUGCCUUUAGAAGUUGGCAGACGUAUUUUUCCUCCUACAAUGGUGUCCUUUAUGGCCUCUGAAAUUAGGAAAAGAAAUAGGAAGAGGAAAUCUACACAGGCAAAACUAUAACAAAAAUUGGAUCUACAAGAUUUAAAUAAUAAUCAUGGAAAUUAAGCCACCACAAGAAUUCCAAAGGAGUAUUUGAAUCAUCUGGAGUGUAAAUUUAAUACAUUGAUUCCAGAGCAUUGCUCCAAACCUACUAAAUAAAAUCUUCAGGAAUCUCCAUGUUUAUCGAACAUCUCAGGUGAUUCUAAUUUAAGCGGAUCACAGUUUGAGAAACAUUGCAUUAGAGGACAAAUUAUAUCAACUAUAUUAUUUGGACUAACUCUGUGUCAUGAUGGCAGAUUGGGUUUGACUGACCCGGACAUUAUUGAUUGCAAGGCAACCAUGAUAAGGUAAAAGGAAGCCUAACCCUGGACUCAAUAACGUUACUAAGUCUUGACUAUCAACUGUGACCUCAGUCAAGUAAAUUAUCCAAUCUAGGCCUUCAUU